UCGUCACGACCUGUAAUGGCCCCCAUUUCCGGUUAGCUCUCAUUUGGAGCCCUGACAUUUGAAAAAGUGCAGCUGCCACACAUAAAUAUUGCCCUCCAAUCAAAAAGGCACUGUGUGGCAUAAACAAUGUGCCGCAGUCUAGCUUUCAAAUUCGGCCAGUGAGCUCCCGACCGGUUUUCUUUUCGGGGGAGCACUGUGUCCAUUUUUGUGGGAACGCGAACGGGAAUCUCGAUCCAGCAGCAAAUUUCCAGUUUCGGUUUUUGUUCAGUUCGACUCGAGCGGCGGGCAGGUAGAGAUCGUUGGUUGGCUCCUCUGCGCUAACGUUUCUGUUUUCGGCGUCAGUCCUCGCGCGUGUUUCUUCUCCAGACGAGGAUGAGCAUAGUUCCCCAAGCAGCUGCAAAAGUGCAACAGCAGCAAGAUCGCCAGUAACCACAGCAACGCAAACGGGUUUCAUUCGCACUCGACGGGCAUUUACUUUUAUUGGGUGUGCGGUUGGGUCGCGUGCAGUUCACGGAAUAUGCAAAAGCCUUCAUCAUUAAAUUAAACACAGACUAACGACUAGUAAGCACAUGGAACUUUGCCACGGAUGUGCGUCCUCCUCCCUUGCGUUUUAUUCUGCGAGGCAAACAGUCCACUCGCUGAGUGCUGCGUUAAAAAACAAUAAGUGAAUAUAAGAAAAAUCUAAAAACAAGGAGUGCACUUUCAAGAAACGGAAAAGACACAACUAACAGAGUUCGAAAUCUAGUAAACCUGCAUAGGAAACACCGAAACCGAAUCAUUAAACGAUACUAUAAUGAGGCAAAAGCUUCUGCUGUUGUUCCUUGCGGGAGCGGCUUUGCUCCUGGCCACUCGAGUUCGGGGCCAACAUGAGGACAUUCCGUACCAACCGGUGACCAAUAUCUGCCAGACGUGCCUGUGCCUAAGCAGUCAGGACGGAGAUCAUCGGGCGCACUUUAACCUGGACUGCUCGGUGAGGAAUUUCGAGCACAUCCUGGCCCGCUGGCCGAAGCAGUUUGGAAGCCAGGCGAUUGCGUCCGGAGAUGCAUCAGAGAUUGUGGUCUCUUACUCGGGCAAUAGGAUCAAGUUGCUCCAACAGCUGCCGGCCACAAAUGCCAGCUUAACUCUCUCCUGCCGGCACUGUGGCCUGCAGGAUCUGCAGGCUCCCCUCUUCAUGGACGUGCCCAAUGUAGAUGCUCUUUACAUCAGCUGGAAUGAGCUAUCCGAUGAUGCCUUAGUUCCGGAACUCUUCAGGGGUCCUUUUCGCAACACCCGCUACGAGCCGAUUGGCUUGCGUGACCUGGACUUAAGUCACAACCGUAUAGCUCGACUGGAUCGCCGACUUUUCGAGCACACUCCUCACUUGACCAAGUUGAAUUUGGCCUACAACAAACUGAGUGCCCUAGAUGAGGCCACCACAGCCUCCAUUGCAUCGGUUGCUACACUGCAGCGACUGGACCUCUCCCACAAUGGCUUGAUGUCACUGCCAGCACAGCUUUUUUCAAAGCUUACAAGCCUCCGUAUCCUGGAUGUAUCCGGAAAUGAGUUUGCCACUGUGCCUGUCAGCUUGCAGCAGUUAGAUAAGUCAUUGGUUCAACUCAACUUGGCAGGAAAUACCUUUCUUAGCUUGAAGGAGAAUAGCCUUCAGGGCCUAGUUUCCCUGAAACGGCUAAACAUAAGUAGCAUGCCAUCCCUAAGAAGCCUGGAGAAAGGAGCUCUGAACUUGCCUGCACUGGAACACCUAGAUUGCUCUCGGAACUCCAAGCUGGAGCGCUUGGAGCUGGCCGAUCUGCUAAGCAGUCGGAAUUUGUCGCAUGUAGACUUGUCCAGGAAUGCACUGACCACCCUGGUUCUUAAUGCCACCGGUUCUAGCAACAGCAGUAGUAAUUCUUCAAGCGAACCCUGGCCACGCCUCCGUCGCUUGAGCAUCUCCGGAAAUCCCUGGUAUUGCAGCUGCGAACUGUUCAAAGCCCUGGAGCUAACUGGACUGACCCACAUCGACCGGGAAUGGGAUGGAACCGAGGCACGCUGUGAAACCCCUUACCUUCUGGCCGGAUCGCCGCUCUCCAAUUUGACAGCCGAACGGAUUUGCACAAUGGUGAUCCCCAAGAAAUAUCGCGAGGUGGACGAGGAGCCACCGCGAUUCCUGCGGCGCCGCUAUAUAAUACUCACCGCCAUUAUAGCCAGCAUUGUCCUGGUAAUUGGUCUCGUGAUCGGAUUCGUCGUGGUCUGUGUGCGCCGGCGGCUCAAGGGCAGUGACUACGGAGUACAGCCCAUCCGGUACACCAGUGUAAGGGGUAGCAAUCUGUCGCAGUUCUCGCAGCUGCAACCCGCUUCGGUGGCCAGCAAGUUUAAUAAUGUCCAUGCCGGAUGCAGCAGUGGGGUGACUGCCAAUGCCUAACACGGUGUUGAAAUCCUAAUUCGGUUCAAAUUCCGAGCUAGCUGCACAAGUUUCGAGCCAAAGAUGUCCACGACAGUGACGCGAUCCCAACCGAAAGACUUCCUGUGCGUGCUAUCCUGUACAUAUUUAGGUGCUCCCUGUAUUAAAUUCCACAAAGGAGCUGAUCCCAUUGCCAGUCCCUAACCCCUUGUAUUUAGUGAAGCCAUCGAUGUUUGUUAUGUACUUAAGAUCCGCACAUUAGCGUAUAAUAAAACAUUUUUAAUUCCAAA